AAGUGAAACGAAAUAGUUUUAUCUGCCGCUUAUCUGUUUCAUGCGUGAAACGGAAGGCACCCAAAAUACAAGAACGUCAGACGUGCACAUUCAAAUAGAUGUAAACGUCACUUUAAUUAAGUGAUCAGCAUUAUUACUUUAACGAGAUCAAAAACAAUCAGUAUUGUUACUUUGACAAAAUACAUCAAGAAUAUCAGACGUGCAUUCUCUAAUUUUGGAAGAUGAACAAAUUUCAACGUGAUCUAGGUAUUGCGCUAAUACUUUAUUUCGGAUUAAUUACAACAUUAGGAACAUGUAUUCCACAAUCUCAAGGCACGAAGUUACGAUUAGUGAGCGCGAUAUUCAGACAUGGCGAUCGUACAGUAGAGCCUAACAUUGGUGAAUCUUAUCCAAAUGAUCCAUAUAAAGAUUAUAAUUACUAUCCAGAUGGCAAUGGUCAAUUAACUAAUGACGGCAAGAAGAGAGCAUAUAAAUUAGGAUUAACAUUAAGAAAUAGAUACGACAGAUUUCUCGGAAAUAUAUACUAUCAGCCAAAUAUCUACGCACAGAGCAUGUUUUCCGUUAGGACUAAGAUGAGUUUACAGGUAGUUCUCGCGGCACUUUAUCCACCUGCUGCUCUACAAAAGUGGAAUCCGCUGCUUCUUUGGCAACCAGUGGAUUUCACGUACAUUAAUGUAACUCACGAUGAGCUAUUGUUUCCAUAUGUAUGCCCUGUAUAUCUCCAACUUUAUAAUGACAUGUUACAAAAUAAUGUAGCAAUAAAAAAAGAAGUAGCAGGACUUGCUGAUAUAAUGAAAAAAGCAUCAUUCUAUACAGGAAAAAAUAUAACGAGAAUCAUUGAUCUCUUUUAUAUAUAUCAUACUUUGGCUGUACAAGCAGCUUUUGGACUACGUUUACCAAAGUGGACGCAAAGCUUAGUUCCAAAUGGCGCACUUAUGGCUGCCACUCUUUCACAAUAUAAAGUACUUAGUUACGGCAUACUAAAUAAAAUUAAUGGAGAUUUCUAUAAUACCGGUUCAUUAUUACGCAAAAUAAUUAACGAUAUGAAUGCAAUGAUCAAUGGAACUUUAAAAGAUCGAAAGCUCAAUCUCUUUUCUGGACAUGAUCUUAAUGUGGCCGGAAUAAUGUACGCUUUAAAUAUAUUCGAUGAGCAAGUUCUACGGUAUACGAGCAGUAUUAUGAUAGAAUUGCAUGAAAAGAAUGGCAAAUUUUUUGUUAAAGUGGUCCAUUAUUUAAGUAUUCCAUCAAGAAUAAUAGAAAAAUGCAUUCCCGGCUGCGAAAUAUUAUGCCCAUACAAUAAAUUCAUUCAAUUAACAUUGGCAGUAACUGUGACGAAUGAAGAAAUGAAAUGCUCAUAGUGAAAUGCUCUACACAUAGAAUAGUGCACAGAAUAAAUUACAUUGCGAUGUCCUGAUAUGUCA